GCCGGGUGGCAGCACUGGCUGCGGCAGUUGUUAUCGCGGGCCGCGCCUUGGAGGCGGCCUUCGCUCCGCCGAUAGCAGCGUGACGCGCUUUGAGCCGUCGAACCUGUCUAGUCGGUGUCUGCCAGUGCCAUCCACGCUCACAAUAACCUUCUCCACAUCCGCAGCUGCAAAGAUGAACGACUCCUUGAAAAUGGAGAGCAACGAGCCCCUGCUGCCUGUGUCACCAGAGGAGGUGCAGCGGGUGCUGAGAGAGCUGCAGACGGACGAGCAGACCAUGGUGAGGGCGGUCGAGGCGCUGCAGGAGUGGGCGAGUCAGCAGCAGCACCUGCCACGGGUCUCGGACCCGAGGCUGCUGCGAGGACUCUGGCUGCGACGCAAGUGCAGCCUGGAGAGGACCAAGGAGGCUGUGGAGAGGUACUAUGCCGCACGCUCUCUCGUGCCCGAGGUGUUCAGCAGCAGGGACCCAACCAGCCCUGCGUUACAAACUGCGGCAAAAUACCUACACUAUGUGGCCAUGCCUCACCUCACGCCGAGCUUGACCGCAGUCAUAGUGUUCCGGUACACUGGUGCUCCCGGCUGGGAGUUCGACCCCAUGCUCAUGUUCAAGCUGGUGUUCAUGGUGAGCGAGGUGCGGCUCCGGGAGUGCUUCGCGCAAGGCGAAGAAAUCGUCAUGGACAUGAGCAACUUUACUCUGGGCCACAUCACCCGCGUAUCGCCGUCCAUGAUGAAGAAAGUCGAGCUGUGCGGCAUGAAAGCAUUUUCAGCGAGGAUGAGGUCUCUACAUUUCGUGCAUGCUCCAUCAUUCGUGGACACACUGCUGACUCUUGUGAAGUCCGCCUUCGCACCGAAGCUGGCUAGCCGGAUCCACGUCCACUCGAGAGGCUACGAGAAGCUGCAUGAGCACAUUCCCCCGCGGUUCCUGCCCCAGGAGUGCGGCGGCGAGGCGGGGCCCAUCGCGCAUAUCUCAGACAUGUGGUACCAGAAGCUGGUCAGCUGGCGCGACUGGUACAAGGAGCAGGAGUCCAUCAAGGUGGACGAGAGCAAACGAGUAGGGAACCCCCCGUACAGCAGCGACAUGUUUGGGCUGGAGGGCUCCUUCAGGAAACUCGACCUGGACUGAUCGGCGCCCGGUUGCUUUGUCCGACUUCAUCGGUGCGUGUGGUGCGUGAGUGGGGGUACACGCACGACACUUUGGACGAUACGUCGUCGAAGAAAUGUUCGGAUAAUCCUCUUGCUUCGAAGAAUUCAGUGUGGAUCCACGACAUUAAAAUUUGGUUUUUGAAAGAAAGAACUCUGGUCUCUAAUUGCAGUUUAAAAAUUAAAAAAAAAAUACACUCUAAGGAGGUUUUGUUAUGUUGCACAUUGUGUGCAACUCAUUGGUAGUUCAUUUUUGUGUUAUCUUUAAAAAAAGACACAGUUGGCUGUGAUAUUUAUUUUGAAUUGAUGUAUUGUUUUAAAAUGUUGUGCGAAUAAAAAUAUUAUGCUAUUGUUUUA